AUGCCUUUAGGUAGCCCUGGCAGCGAAAUCCCCGUGGCUACCUACCAAAUGCCACAGCGGAACGAGGAGAAGUGCCUGAGCAACAGUGCGGCCCACCGGUACCCACCCGCCUACCCCAAACCCUGCGGGGCCGCCGCCCGCCGCGGCCUGGCAGCCCUGCUGCUGGGCCGCCGCCCGCCCUGGCUGCGCCCGCCGCCCGCCCGCUGCCGCCUCCUCCUCAGCGCCGCCGCCCUCGGGCCGGGGCCGGGCGCCGCCGCUCCGCUCUGCGCUGCCGGCCGCCGCUACAGCCAGGUUACGGAUGCGCCCUCGCAGCAAGGUCAUCUCCCGGAGCAGGAGCCGGCCUCGGCCAAGGCAGACAGCGACAAUGUUUUCCUCAUCAGGGCGGAAGGAUUCCCCUUCUCCUGCACCGAGGAAGACGUGCUUAUGUUUUUUGAUAGCUGUAGAAUUCGAAACGGUGAGAAUGGCAUACACUUCCUCUUAAACAGGGAUGGGAGACGCAGGGGGGAUGCCUUGAUUGAGCUGGAGUCCAGAGCAGAUGUCCAGAGAGCCUUGGAAAAGCACCUGAGGUACAUGGGCCCACGCUAUGUGAAAGUGUUUGAAGUGCAUGAUAGCGACGUAGAGAGCUUACUACAGAGUCUGCGGGAUGAGUCCAACGCCAUAAGUGAUGGAGUUGUACUACUCAGAGGCCUUCCGUUCACCUCCACCGAAGAGGAUAUUGCACAUUUUUUCCCAGGUUUGAAAAUAAUCAACAUAGUUUUUGUUUACCGGGGAGAAAGAAGAACAGGAGAAGCUUUCGUGCAGUUUGCAGCUUCUGAUAUGGCAGCUAAAGCGCUGCUACGACACAGGGAAUACAUGGGCAGUAGAUACAUAGAAGUGUACGUAAGCAGAAAGCAUCACAUGCAGCGGCAUAUGCCUUAUGCCAAGCAGGUUGUGACCUACUCCAGAGCGAGAAGAGAAUAUGAAUCUGUUUCUGAAGAAAGGGCAGCGAGCAGCAUGGGAGGCUCUGAUGCCAGAGGAGAAACUAAACUGUGCAGGGAAGGAACAGAAAGCUCUGGCCACGUUUUAGAAUCUGGGAACCUCUCACCACCGCUGCACUUUGUCCACAUGAGGGGUUUUCCUACCCAGGCUAGUGCCCAGGACAUCGUAAACUUUUUUGCUCCGCUGAAGCCCACAAGGAUCAUGGUAGAAUACAACUCCCAUGGAGAUGCCACAGGAGAAGCAGACGUGCAUUUCGAGAGCCAUGAGGACGCAGUCGCUGCGAUGGCUAAGAAGGGGUCACAGCUGCAGUGCAGCGCCGUUGAAUUGUUCCUGAACGAACAUCCAAAGGCAGAAGAAAACUGCUAGUGACAGUGGCGUGGUCUCAGAGGUGGCCAAGGUGAACACAUUCCGUGGGUCUGAGCUUAAAGACGGAGUACGAGUGUCGCUACUCAAUAACGAGGAUAAACUGUAUUAAAUCUAGUCUAGCAUUGUGUAAAAGCAUGUAAUAAAUCAUGUUGACAUCCUGUGGAAA